GAUUUGAAUUUGUAUUAUUUGUAAAGUACUAGAUCUAGAAUUAGUAGAAUUUAGAAUGUCUAGAUAAAGAUUAGAUCUAAAACUAACUUUGAGUAAUUUUUGUCUUCUGAAAAUUGAACACCCCUAUUUUGUGAUAUUAUCGAACACCCCACAAUAUUUGUUAAAAGAGCCUUUAUUUUGAAAGCUAUGAUGAAACUAGUGUAUUUUUUUUUAUCAUGAUCCAUUUCUUUAUAGUUCAGACACUUUGGUUUCCUUUACUCUGAAAAACAAGAAUUUUACAUGGGUUCAAAGAGCACUGAUAUGACCAUGCCAUUUUUUUUAGUCUAGGACAGAAGUAGGAACUGAUUAUCAUAAUGGCAACACUUGAAGAUUUAGAAGAUUUGACUGCUGCAGAAAUUGCCAUGGUGACAGCCAAUGAAAGAGCAGGUCUAGUGUCUCAAUUAGCUUGUCAUUUUUGUGGAAUGCAAUUUGACGUCAAAAAGACUAGAUCCCUCCGAGCUCACAUAGAGGAAGUCCAUGUGCUAGGUGAUGCUGGCUACAUGUGUGGUGUCUGCUGUGAAGAGUUCACAUCUCGGAAAGCAGUAGAGACCCAUAUGAGCACCUUCCAUAGGGCUCCAAAACCACUUGGGUGUGGAACAUGUGGUGAAACAUUUAGAGUGAGAAAUCAAUUGCUGAAACACAUUGAUUCACACACUCAGGAAGAAUUAAGUGCAAAUAAAGUGGGUCUGUGUUACUGUGGGGAAUGCUUUGAAUUCUUUACCACUGUAACAUCUUUACAAAUCCACACUAUGUCCCACAGAGAGCAAUCUGUAUUUGUAUGUGGUGCCUGUGGCAUGCAAACACAGCACAGACAUAUUAUGGUCAAACAUUUAGAGAGCCAUGUUAUAUCAAGUCUGCUAACUGCUGCAGAAGGAACAGAGACGGAAAUUGAGUUUCAACAACCUCUUAAAGUCGAACCUAGUUGUAUAGAAGAGAAUGUUGAUGUGUCCUUGGAUAGACUUGAAGAAAAUGUUUGUGAUAUGAAAGGUGAGCCCAUGGCUGAGGAUGAGGUGACUAGUUUUAAGUGUGGCGUGUGUCAAGCAUCAUUUGCCAAUCUAACCGAAGCUCUUGGGCAUGCAGAGACUCACCAAGAUGAAGAUGGUCAAAUCGUUGAUGGCAUGGAACUUAAAGAGGGCAUUGAAUUUGGAGUUCUUCUACAGGAUAGUAAUGUUGAUAUUUCAUCACAGCAACCACUGGAUUCACAACACAUGGAUACCUCAUCUAAUGAAUAUGCAACACAAUGACUAUGUUCCUAUCAAUUUACUGAUACUCAAUUUAUAGUAUCUUGAUAUUUUAUGGUAUUACAUUUAGUACCCAUGACCAUAUUUUUGCUAAAUAUUAUUCAGUAUGCCCUAAUUAGAAUGAAGUAUAAGAUUAUUUGUAUUACAUUUUAUUACUUUAAAAAAAAAUAUAAUGAAACCUUGUUUUUAUUCUUUUUUUUUCUAAUGUUUUGGUUAAUAGCCUGUCAAGUUAGUAUGUAUUCAAUUUAAAAUUUAAAAAUGCAUGUAAUACUGCUUUAUGUAAAACAAUAGUGAAAUAUAUAUAUAUAUAUAAGUAUUAUAUAUAUUAAUAAAAGAUCCUUCAUUGAAAAGAAAAAGUUUUCCUCUUUGAAAUUAGUUUAGUUGUAAUAGUUUUUAUUAUGUUCAGAAUAGUUCAGAUCCAAGUGCUGAUGUAGUGGAUCAAGAUUGGUAACUCUGUGAAGAGGCAGAAUAAGUGUUUAUAGAGUCAUUGUCUUUUUAAUCUAUAUAGUAACUCUAUGUGGUAAUAUUGUCAAAGCAGCAUUGCUAAGUCUAUCACGACUUUAAGCAAUCAAAAAAAAACAUUGGUGGAACCUAGACACUGAACUGACUCUAUCAAUUUUCCUAGAUAUUUGGCAGUUGAUUUACCAGUAUAACUUUGGGAAAAGAAUUAUUAGCUAUUUGCCAAUAUAGGAAAAACUCUAGUUUGACCAUUAUUAUUUUUCAAAGUAUAAAAAAAAAAUAAUUUAAAUUUGUCUAGAGGUUUAGACAAUCUUUAUCUUGAACAUACAUAAGUCACUGGGUUUUCCAACUUCUAGGCCUCUUUCAUUAUUAGUUUAAUAAAUAAUUAGACAUUCAGGAACAUUUCACCCACCAUUUUCUUACUUUGGAUCUAUGGCUUAUCAUACACUAUAUACUCUGAAAAGAUUUAUAUUUAUGCAAAAAAAUUUUCUAUAUACCGGUAUUUUUAAAACUUUUUUGCAAACAGUUUUUUUUUAAAAAUAUUUAUUUAAUGUGAUAAAAAUAUUUUUAUUACUAAAUAAAGUGUUUUCUAGUAUACAAGCUACUAAAAUUUAAAAAUUUUGUGUUUACUUUUGUUUUAAAAGAGAAAUAGUGUACUUAGUAUGUAUAUAAGUUGAACAUAAACAACAAUUAAUAAGCUGUGUUUCAUCUUAUACAAAUGAAGUGCAAUGUAAUGCAUCCAUAUAGACACUUAAUCAAAGGGAAACAUUUCUUCCUUAAGGCCUUGACUGAUAGAUUGGCCUUUUACAAAACUGUCAUUGAAUAACAUCAGUUAGGCCAAGUUCACAUUGAACCAUAGCUUCAUGACAUUCAGUUUAUUGAAUAUACAUGAAUAUUAAGCCUAACAAUAAAAUAAUAAUAUAAAAAAGUAUCCUGUGGUUUCAUACUGUCAGUCUACCUAACAAUACAAUAGUAUUUCAACUUUCGAUACAUAAGGUCUAUUCAUUCUGUAUUGACAGAGAAAGGGUUUUGGUUGUUGAUAUUCAUGCUAAAUCUAUUGAAACCUGCCUGAGUGGACCACUUCGGGGGCCAUUUCUUAGUGUGUAUUUUCACACAAACUAUCUUUGUGUAAUCUUGUUUAUAAUUCAUUUUAUAACAAUGGAAAUUCUUUUCUGAAAGGAAAUUUUUACCAUUGUGUGUUUUGGGAAAUUUUAAAACUGUACAUUUUAAUAAUAAUUUCAUAAUAGACUACUUAAGAAAAUAAGUAAUAGUUAAAAUCUAUGAGGACAUCAAUGAAUCUAAUUCCUGAUUUCAUCUCAUUU